ACUUGUUCAACUGAAACAGGGCUUCUUCAACUGGAACAUGGUUUAUAUCCGCUACUGCGAUGGGGCUUCCUUUAUCGGCAAUGUUGACGAGCCAAUCAGAGACCAUGAAGGCAAGCCUCAGAUCUACAUGCGGGGUCGUCGUGUCUUCAAUGCCAUUCUCUCCCACCUGCUAGCCCACCACAGCAUGCGCUCAGCCUCCCACAUCCUCCUCUCCGGCUGCUCUGCUGGUGGCCUGGCAGCCCUCCUCCUGUGCGACAGCCUGGCUGACCGCAUGAGGAGCUUGAGGGAGAAUGAAGAGCUUGAGGGAGUGGGGAGAGGAGGGGAAAAGGGAGGAGUGGUGGUGAAGUGCAUGUCGGAUGGCGGGUACUUCCUGGAUGCGAGGGAUAUUGGCGGCAGGCACUUCCUGAGGGAAACCAUGUUUCAUCGGGUUGCUGCGUUUCAUGUGAGACGGCUGGCUGUGUUAUGUCUGAGUUCCUUGCGUUGGAUGCGAGGGAUAUUGGCAGCAGGCUCUUCCUGA